UCGACGGCCUCAAGAAUAAUCGCAUCAGCAAGCUCGCGCUGUCGAAAUUUUUGUCACAAAGCCUACCAGUUACACCGGCUAUCGAAGAGAAAAGGUACAUUCCUAAGUGAUUAAAACUUUCUCCCCCCUUUUUUAGAGCUGCAGCUGAAUUCUCUCACAAUUGCAUUAUGCACGAUUUUCUACUCUCUUAUAUAUUUUUACGAGCAGCUAUAUUCUACUAUUAUAUAUUAUGAGCAUUAUAAUCACUUUACAAGGCGAUUCGUGCUUUUUUGCAACAAAAUUAGCUUUAAACACAACUUACCCCCUUUUUAUCACCUGCUUCUUUACCUUUUCUCUGAAAGAAUUUUUUCAUCUUUAUAAUUACUUCGAAUAAUUCUCUAAUUAUGGGUAAAACUUUUACCUUUUAUGGUUAAAAUUUUUUUUGAAAAUAAAAACUGAAAUCUUAAUGAUUUUUAUUAAAACAUAUGACAAUCGAAUCAUCGUAAUGAAAGCAUUGAUUGACAUUAAAUCAGCGAACUUUUCCAAUAAUGUCUGAAAUAUCAACUUAAAGAAAAAAGGAAAAAGUUCGCUUUUCUUGUGUUCCCUGAAAAUUGCUAAGUCAUUACGUCGAUUUGCUAGAAUAAAAAGUCUUUAAACGAAAAUGAUAAACGCAUACAUUAAAAUGCAUGAAUUUUAAAUUUUUUGUAAGAAAUUUCAAACACGAAUUUCUUCUCUCUUAUCUUAAUCAAGUUUUUCUAUGAAAUUGAAACGACAAUCCAAUUUGCUUGGAAGUAAAACAUAAAAAAUAACAACAAUAAUAUGAUAAUGAUAAUAAAAUAUAUCCGCAGGCUGAAACAAGCAUGCCGCUUAUCUAGCUUAAAAGAUUAUAAUCAUGAAAUAAGCUAAUAAUGCAUGCCUCAUUGGCAACAUAGAUAUUUAUAUAACCGUAGGCGGCACCUCCCAAAUCGCAGCCAAAGAAUCGCAAGCUUUAUAUACUCUUCACCCACGAUAGAUAUUUAAUGCGAUGAAAAUUAUCCGAUCACCAUUUUCUGCGAUCACUAUACAACCCCCCUCUGCACCAUAUUAUAAUAUACAAAUAAUGAAUUAGACUAGAUGAAUUGUUCUACAGCACUCAACUAUACGCACUCGACUAGCUUACUACUAUACAAUAUGCAACCAACAAUGAAAAAAAAAGUAUCACUUCUUCUUUUUGUUCACUUCUUAUAAUGCAGCGGUAUAUUACAUCCACUUGUACAUGGAAAUCAAGGCGGCGGCGUAACCGCUAUUUUUUUUCCUCCUCGUCGUGUAUAAAAAUUCUCUCUACCUCAGCGAUAAAAUGUGUUUUAAUGGUCCACGUGGAUGCUAGUGCUGCUGCGGCACACGAGCGAAAGAGCGAGAAUGAAAGGAGGAUGGCGGUGGUGCAUUCAUGCUUCGACCCGACGCGCCUGCACACCAGAGAGAAAUAAAAUACAUUCUUUCGACUGGAAUUAUGUCUCGGGGAAGAGAAACGCGCGCGCGAGCGGGAAAAUUACAUUAUCAUAGGCGAGUCCGGAGGGGUGCGAAAGCGAAGAGAGGUUAUUCUUCGCCGACCUUUAUAGUACGUUAUAUCCGCGCGCGCGCACGCACACAUAGCUCUCUACGCUGGUUAACGUUUCAGAGAGAACGUGAAUUGGAUGCUUUGUAAUUCGAAUUUGAACGAGAUUAAAUUUCGAAUUAGAAGAAAAAGUGUACAGAGGAGAGAUAAAAGAGAGGAAUAAAAGGGAGAAGAUGAAAAAAAAAAGAAGCUCGAGAGCCGAAGUUCGACGAGAUAGAGAAAAAGAGAUAUAUAUAAUAUUGCGUAAUAUCGAACGUGUGACGAGGCACGCGAACAACGUGUAACGCAAGUGGAAUAACCCGCUCUAUGGUCAGACGUAGUAUCGAUAUUUCCUUCUUUUUUUUUCAAUUUCAAUUUUACGAUAGACCCUUCGAUGCGAGAAGAAAAAUUUUCCAUUCGUCGCAUUGUACGCGUAUAAUAUUGAAUUCUAAAAAUCGAAUAGUAUAUCGAAAAUACUGUGGCAGCACCGUAUUACGUUUUUUUUUCUUUUUUUUUCGUCGUCGAUACAUCGGAUAAUUAUCGGCACAUUAAACAAAUGAAUAACGAAGGGAUGAAAAAAAAAUAAUGAAUUUUUACAAGAACAAAAAAAAAAAAAAAAGAAAAUCGUGGAUUCGGGCCAAUUUUACAUUAUUAUAUUCCGGAAAGACAGCUCGACGUGGAUUAAUAUCAGACACGACGCACUCGAGUCGAUACACAGACACACACAAUGUUAUAAUACUCGUUAUCGUUAUUGGAAAGUACUUAUUUGAACAAUGCGCCGAUCGAUAUAUAGUAUACUGUGUCACGAAAAUCGCGCGCUCGACUACCGCGUAAAAUUACGCGAACAACGAAGCGCGCGCCCCGAUCGCGAAGCUAAGUUGAUUUCUAUACAUUGUACGUUCCCCUCUCUCCUUUUCUUUAACGCUAUAUACUGCCACCGCCGCUGCUGCUGCUGCUGGUGCCUCGCCAUUGUACUUACGUAAUGCGGCAAUUACUUUAUAGCAUUCCAAUUUCUGCAUUUCUCGCUGCCUGUGUGCAAUAUUCCAAUCCCACUAAUACACGCUUUGUUCCGAGACGAGAGAGACGCGGUAAUUGCAGUUCAACACAUUGUUUUUGAAAUAUGUAAGCUCGCAAAAUUCACUCCUAGCUCCGGCACACGCUGUAUUAUUGCUUCCUCGUAUUUUAUAUGCGUCGCGCGAAAUAUUCGCUGUAACGAAAAAGCAAGCGUACCGUUUCUGCGAAGAAGUUCGGGGAGAGAGAGAGAGAGCAAAAUUCGGCUCGGGUGCGCAGAAAUUAACGAGCGAAUUUUAUCAUGCACAGCUUGUACACUAUCGACUUUUCUCUCACCGAGGGCCUCGAGCGGCGAAGUGGGCGAACAAUUUUUACUUUAUGGGGUCUCUCUCUCUCUCUCUCUCUCUCUCUCUCUCUCUCUCUCUGUGCAAAAUUACACUCGGGCGUUCGCAGCUUGCAUUUACACAUGCGAAAACUAUUACGAAACGUACAUGUAUACAACGCUGUACACGGAGAGAGAGAAAGAUGCCCGAGGCCUCAUUAAUACCGUUCCCAAUGACGCGCGCUGAGAGCCGUGUUGCUGGCACGACGAGUAACGACUAGAGAAAGAAAGAAUGCGAAUGCGAAAUCAAAAGAGAACAACGAGGGGGGGAGGCCACUUUUCUUCCGUAUUUUUUUUUCUACUUCUUCAAGAGUUGAAUUUUUUUUCUCUCUCUCUAGAGCUGGUUCAUUAUAAUAAUACAAUGCCUCGCGUCGCGCUAAAGUCUGGGCCAUUGCUCUCCGCGCGCUCGAAAACGAUGGUCGCGUGUGUGUAUACGUGUUUGUGUCACGUUUGAAUAAUUAACGGCGAGAGAGCGAGAGCUAAGCAAACGGGUGUAUAACGGCGCUGCCUCGAGAAAAGAAAAAAAAGCGGGUCGAUCGCGGCAGCGUGAGAGUCGCGCCGUACCAUCGAUUUUCCUCUUUUUAACGUCUCGAUCGUUAUAUUCUCUCUCUCUUUCUGGCGCGUAUAUAUCGCGCGUUAUCUAUCGGUAAGCAAUAUCAAGGAUAUACGCGCUCGUUCGUAAGUAUAAAAAAGAAAAAGAAGCGAAAGAGCAAGAGAGAGGGAAUUAAUUUUCGAAGGAUGUUUUUUAAGAGGAUUCGCUCGUUUUCUUUUAUUGGCAUGGAUAGAUAUAUAUAGCGAGAACGCGGAACACACCACCACCGCCGGAGCUCGAUGAUAGGUAAUCUGAUUUUGUUUACGAGCUCCUCUACUUUCUUUACUGUACAGUUUCUCUCUCUCUUCCGUGCUUAUCGCGAUCUCAUUGGAGAGAACUUAUUUGUUUCGAUCUUAGAGUAUACACUCGGGGUAAGAAAGUAAAAGGAAAAAAAAAUUUAAGAUAAUCGAGCUUUUUCACUCUGCACUAUUUAGAAACCUUAACUAUACUAUCACUACCCACCACUACCACCACCACCACUACUACCAUCACUACUUUUAUAACACUACUAUGUCAUGCGUAAUCUUUUCUCUUUGUUCUCUCGCAAAGACCCUCUUGCAAAUCUGCUUGAUGAGAAUUAGUUGAAAGAUUAGAAACAGCCAACGUCUUCUUCACUCUCUCUAUCUUCUUCUCUUACUUUAUUUUAUUAUAUAGACUGUACACAGACUUUCUAUCUAUAUCUACUUUGCUUGCUGUUCUGUCGACACUAUAGAGCAACGCAAAAGCAGCUGCUGCUAUAUAAUUCCGUCUCCCUUUAUGUAACCUAAAAAAAAAAAGAAAACAAUCUGGCAUCAGAAUUGCUGAAGUCUAAUUAUUGUCAACGUUAAUUAUUGCAGAAACCAUUCUCGCCCGAAUCCUGAAGAAAAAGAGUUAAGUAUCGAAAAUAAUGAUUACAAUUAUACACCUUUUUCAUUUUUACUGCAACAUUUGUUUUUUUAACUUGUCCACUUUUAGUUCUAUCUCGUCGUUAAACUUUUUAUCAGUAGUCCUCCGUUAGCGAGGAGCAUACAUUUUUUUUCACACACAUUGUGUAUACGAAAUAUAUAUAUAACAAAAUCAUUAUGCUGCGAAACGAUAUUCUCGAUUUUGUGGAGCAGCGUCGGCGACGAGCAGCAAGCGCGCGGCAACACAACUGCAAUUAUAUUUUCUGCCUUUCUAUAAUCAUCGUAUUUUCAUACAAAAUGAUGUAUCGAUUCGUUGACUACACAUCACACACAUAUAUAUAAUACGAACGCGUGCUUAUAUGCACACGAGUUUGUUGUUGUUGUUGUCGCUGCUGUCGUUGCUGCGUAUGUGUUGGUUGCGUAUAAAUACAUACCGUACCGUUAACUUUCGGAGAUUUUCUGCAGAAAGGAAAAAAAAAAAAUAAAAUUCCCCACCGUCGUGCAUUCAACGUGCUGACUCUGUAUAGAGUAAGAGAGGAGGAGGAGGUUUGUUAUUCUGACGUAAGCGAUGAAUAUUUGUUGAAUAAUAACGCGGCACAUACACUACAAACUGUGUCAGGUCAACCAUUUGAAACAGGACACCCAAACGUACACACACACACAGACACACUGUAUAUAUACGUGCAAACACACGGAUGCACACGUCGCGAGAGACUCGCUCAAAAGCUCAAAGUUGAAAGCGUACACUGGCUUGUGUAUAUAUACGUACGUACGUAUACGUACGCUAUACACGCGUAAGCUGCAGGGGGAUAGUGGUAGUCGUCGUCGGCUAGAAAUGUGCCUUUUAAUAGUCAUACAUGCAUAUGCACGCAACAUAUUAAAUACACGAGUUUAAAUAAUUUUCGAGGGGCUUAGAUUUUAUACGCGCUGCGUUCAUCAAAAAUGUAUACACGUUUACAUAAUAUAUGCGAGGAGGAGAGUUAGUUGAUCUUGUAUGUAUGCGGCUCGGCGCACGCAAUCAUAACGCAGAAGCAGCAGUACGACCGAGUGCUGGUGGCUGCUGCUGCUGCUGUUGUCUCGCGUACCCCGAGUUUGCGGGGGUCUCUGGAGAUUCUGUGAAUGACCUUGCGUACUCUGUACUAUACUGUACGUGCAUGUGCUCGACCCGCUCGAACAAAAAAAAAAAAAGAAAGAAAGAAAGAAAGAAAAAGAAAGUGUACAGUUUACGCAAGUGUAGAGGCCAACCUAAUCUCGAUAUUUGGCAAAAUGCCUCAGUAUAUAUCGGUGGGCCGUGCUCGGUUAAUCUUACACCCGAAAUUGGAGUUAUAUUUAGGCGCGCUCCCCAAUCCGAUAACAUCAUCUCUCUCUCUCUCUCCUUCAUUAUUAAGCCUAAUGCAGCAUCCUGUCCGUUUAUAUCGCUCGAUUGCAUUGUUGUGUGCUUGUAUUCGCAUGUAUACAUACACAUGUUGAUGCACGAGGAGAGGGCAAGGAUUUUUCCGCCCGAGAGAUAGAGAUAGAUAGGAUAUAUAUAUAUCUACCGAAAGCACAUAAGUAUAAGCUCGAGCGAGUAAUAGUUUUUAAUUAUACGGCCGCCUCUGCUCGAGCGCGCUCGGCUCGAGCCGAGUUCGAGUAAUUUAUCGACAGAAAUCCCACCAAGGUUUAUUACAUAAGCGUCGAAAAGCAGCUUAUAAUAUUGACGGGCUGCUCGCUCGCUCGCGCGCGAGCCCCCGCGGCUCUUCCUCCGUCUCUGUCUAUUUUACUCUUGUAUACGUAUUGUAUAUAGCUAUUUCUUACCCUCCUCGUGUAGUUUGCAGCAAACACAGAGAUUGGUCGUAUCGAGCGCGGGUGUUGCAAAUUCAGAAGAACAAGCUCGAAUAACGUAACGACGAUCGUUCGUUAGACAGCAUCGAUGGGUUGAAAAAGCAAAAUAGAAAAGCACGAAUGUUUACUUUCGAAAAUUGCGUGUGAUCUCGAAACGCCGAGCAGCAGCAGCAGCUGAUUGCGUUUUUCCUACUUGUUGCGCCGUGGGUAAGGUAGAGCCGCGCGCCAGCUGAGCGCGGCGGGUCGAUAAAUUUCCAAUGGUCGGAUGUGUGUAGACACCGUUAUAUAUAGCGUAUUAUAAGCUGCACGCAACUGUGAAUUGGUGGCGCUGCGAGUGGUAAUCUACGCGUGCACCGGUAACGAGGAAAAAACGUUCUUUGGGAAAAAUUGAAAUUUUACGCGGUGCACGUAUGGAGGAGAGUUUGACGGUUCCAACGCUGUGCGUCGCUUUAGGAAACCCGCUAGAGUUUUGCGUCGAAUUAUAGAUAAAGCUUGUCUAUUCUAUCGUGAGAUACAUAUAUUAUCAAUUAAAAAUUUUGACUCAAAUCGGUCAGCAUCAUCAGUACGCUGGCAUCAUUAUAAUGCAAAAUAAUAUUUCUGUCCUCUCUCUCUUUCUUUCUCUCGCCAACUCCUAAAGGAGCGUUUAUCGAUUUCUCAUACUUUCGAUAUUAUGCGAAAAACUCGUGUACACACUGAUUGCUUCUGAUGCACAGUGCCUCUCGCGCAGGAAUUAAUUUUUCUAUUUAUGCAACGUAACAAAAAAAAACAAAAAAGAUAGAUAGAAGGGGAGAAAAAAAUUCCGAAUUGAAGUCUCGAAAUAUUACGCGUGCACAGCUCGUGUGCCGCUCGUACAUACAUGAAUAGUGACUUAAACUAGCCGUUUGACAUUGUUAAGCUCAUUGUUUGCGACCCAGAUUUUGUCGCUACCACUUCUUUUUUUUUCUGUCGUUCGCCUCACCGGAAGGCAAUACUUACGAGCGAGAAAAGACAAGUGAAAUUGUUCCUUUUUUUUCAUACUUCUCUCUCUCUCUCUCUCUCUCUGUACUCCACUCUGCCUCUCUCGCACGUGCGCUCGCCUGUCCUCCUGCAUGACGCGAGGAAAAAUUUUCGCUGGAUAUUCGGACGUAAAUACAAUUUUGAAUACAAAUAUUUCCUAGUUAUCGCGCAAUUUUUUCGUUCUUCAUCGCUUCCAAACGAAGACGAGCAGCACAUCGAAUGGUUUGAAAAAAAAAAGAUAGCCUCGCUUUUUUUCCUCGAAUCGAAAAUCUAUUUCGCGCGCUAGAGCUUCAUUUUUUUUUCUCAGCUUCGUUUAUUUCGAACAACGUGUGUACGCGUGUAUAGGUGUAGGUGUGCUGCGCGUGCAAAUUAUCGAUUUUUUUUAACGCGUCGGCUGUUCUGUUUUUUUUUUUGCACCCUCGCCAUUUUUUAUUUAUUCUCUUUUUUUCUUUUUGCACCUAUAUAGAGCUCGCAGCACAGCGCGGAGAGUAUUGUAUAUUAAUUGGUGUCAACGACACACGCAAUGUGCGCGCGGCAACGGCGGCAACCAACGUGUGUGCUGUGCGACAUCGUCGAUGAAUCAAAGUUGGUUAACCGCUUUUAGCUCGUGCGCUGCGCACCUCAUAUAUACCUAUAUGUAUGUAUAUAUGCAGCGAGGGGUAGAUUAAUGCGUUGGUUAUUACGAUACGAGCCCCGGCACCGCCAGCUCUAUAUAUCUAGGCAUCUUCGGCUCUCUCGACUCUCUCUCUCGACUAUGCGCUACGUCGCAUAUACAAGAAAAUUACACUGCGAGUGUGCCACGAGCUCUAGUUUAUAAUCUAUAUGUACACACACGUGUAUGCGUGUGUGUUUUGCAUCUCAGGCGGCGUUUCGCGUCGAUAUAGCGCGCCGCACACACGCUGAGCUCUUAAUCUUUUAAUUAGGGCGAAGGACUUUUUCGUAUUAUAGGCGCAGAGCAAAUCGAUUAAGAGAGAGACUGCGAUCAUCUUUGAACUACGCGGGGGUGUUGAUGAAGCUGCUAAAUGCGUCGUAUCGCUCGCCUACGCCGUGGAAGCACGAACACACGCGCGUUUGUUGAUUUUUCACAAAUGCAAAUGACCAAUCGUAUUUUUGUGUAGACGAGUCGUUUCAAAUUUCGUAAACGAUAGAAAAAUAUCACCUCCUAUACGAUCGUGUACGUAUUUACUCUGCUGCCUUCGCAGCAGCAGUAGCAGCAAAACGUGUCAGAUCCCGAUAAAUUUUUCGUAAUACGAAAGUAGCCCGUAAUAUCGUGUAAUCAUCGUCAUUACGACGAUCCGUAUAUGGAAUUUACAUCAUCCUCAUUUUUUAUUUUUACCUCUCUACUCCCGAGGAAAAUUUAUGUUUCGCUACCACAACUGACGCCUGGCGCUGUAUGUAUAAAUUACUCGCGCGAGCGAGCACAACGACGACGAGGACACACGUUUGUACAUCAAAAGAACAAAAGCCGCGGCGUAAAAUUGAAGCUGCUCCUCUUCUCCCUCCGGUGCUCCGUGUCGUCGGCUAUACAGCGCAAUAAAUAAUAACGUAGCGCCGCCGUUUACAAAGUAUCAUAACACGCGCAUCUCGCGCGCAGUGGCCAGCGUAUGUAUCCCUGUUUUUUUUUUUAUCAUCAAGACGAAAAGGCUGGGGGUGUACCGGAGCAAGUUUAAUGGCUCGAAAUUGGUAUCCAUAGAUUUAGAUUUAGAGCCUCGCGCAUUUUUAUUUAUUUCGUCCUGUCUUGCGCAGGCUAAGGGGCUUGCGAGAGAGGGAGAGGUUAUUUUUCGCAGUCACCCUCUCCCGGGUAUUAGACUUGAUAAAAAAUGAUUAUAUUUCCAAUUUUAUUGAUAUACUGGCUGGUUUGUAACACGAUAUUCAUGGAAAUUGCUCGUUGGGUUUAACGUUUCCAGCUUUUCCACGCGGGCAGCGGCUGCAGUCAUUCGAUACAGCGAAUUCUCCCGUUAUAUACAUACGAUACAUAUUGUAUACGAUGUAUACGGCGCAUCCGUACUUUGCAUUUAUUCCAUAUACGUAUGAAUAAACAUACAUAAGGGCGGCACACUGACAAUUUUGCCCCCCCUCCCUCGAUUGAUAUCAGUAAUACGUCAUUAAUAUAUUCCCGCUUUUUUAACCUCAUGGAUAAAUAUCCGCAUAUACAAUACAUCAGUCGUUAUAAUUGGAGCACGGGUACGGGUUGAAAUGUCAAAUUAAUUCGACACGUAAAUGUGUUCGAUCAAAUUAUCGUUAUAAUACCAUUUACGUGCGCACAUAUGUGAAUUAAUAUCGAGUACACAUGUAUAGUGAAGUGAGCUACAAAGGCAAAAUGCAGCGAGAUAGCCGCACACUGUGCAGCACAUUUUAUGAAAAGAGCAACAAAAUAAAAAAAAAAAGAAAAUGAAACAAACGAAAUGAAGUUUAUAGUGUAGUAGCCUCUGGGCGACGGAAUUGAAUUUAUGUAAAUAAUCGAAUUACUAAAACUAAAGCUCGAUCAUGUACAUACAUUUCAGAUAGCAAUUUUUUUCCGCCAAGUAUCCAAGAUGGCGAGCGUAGAGCACUAUAAGCGUUAUAUAUGCACAUUGCACAUAUACACCUGCUGCUGCUGCUGCUGCUGGUGCAGGGCUCAGCGAACUGUGUCGUAGAGACGACGUGUGUAGCUGCACCACUUGUAGCUGUAGGUACACUUGCGCGUGUGUACAUUAUCAUAUAUACCUAUAUAUAGCUCGACGCAUAUCAUGCAGUGCCUGUACAACUGAGGGCUUCGUUGUUCCAUUGUGUGUGCCGCGUCUAUUUGUAUUAUAUGCAUGUAAGAACGCCGAUACGUCGCAUCGUGUGUACACGCAAUUAAUCAACCGUUACCCGUGUUUGUAUGUAUUUAUCGGCAUAAUACAAUGAGUCAUAUCAAUACACACGAACGAUAAAAUAAUAAUAUAACCGAAAGAAAAGACGAUACGCUUUCAGUUCUUGUGCGUGUGCGGCGCGUAUAUAAUAUCUAUAUAAUGUGCACCGUUGCAUCGUAUAUAUAGCGUGAAAAGCUCCCGAGCCCCGGCGUAUUCCUAUGUGCCUAUAUACAGUUAUAAUAACGCCGUUCGGUAUAUAAGGCGCGUGCCCCUCUCGUGCGCCGUACUACUACUACUACUACUACUACUACUGCUAUGUGGCUGCCGCUGGUGCUGCUGGUGCAGCCGCCGCCGCCACCGACGAGCACAGCUCCCUGUCGCUGGCGAGAGGCAAGGCAAAACGCCACAGUCAGUAGUGCGACUCCGCUCGGGUCAGACCUUCGUAUCGUCAUCAUCGUAUAUAAUAUAUAAUAAUAUACGCGUAUGUAGAUACGAUUGCUGCACCGGUAUCUCUGAUCCGACGUCGUCGCGACUUUUUUCACCUGUUUUCCUCAUUCCCCUGCUUGGCUCCUGCGUCCAGCCCGACUGGUUAUUUACCGUUGGUCUUUCAAAUCGGCUCACUUUUUUGAAAAAAGCAAUACAGUAGCCACGAGCAAGAAGAGAAGAUGGCGAAGGAAGAGAAGGCAAGAUUGCUCGUCGAGCGUCGAUGAGAGUGAGCGAUAAGGACAGCGGAGUGAGGAGUGCCGAGAUGAGAACGAAUCGUCACAGUGUCGACGAAAGUGUGUGUGCGUGAGUGCAGCAGCUUCUUAUCGGCCGAGUGCCUAAAUGUGGACUUUGUUUGAGUCGCCACGGUAAAUGGGUUCGACUGGGAAUGAGGAAUUUGGGCGUAAUAUGUGGGCCACCGUCACCCGAUCAUUGGAAUUGCUGGUUGCGUUCUUCGAGUAUUACACCGUCAGAGCCCAGCUAGAAACGACAGGAAGUCCGGGCAGUAAAUCACCGGCGGGCGUGAGCGGCGGUCCAGCGUCGGCGACCGGUGGCGGCAGCUCCUCCGGGGCCGGGGCGUCGGGCGGUGCCAACGCGUCCGGGGCGGCCACGGGUCCCGGCGGCGAGCCGCGCACCCCCACGGCCGGACCUCAGAACAAGCAGCUGCAAAAUGUCAAGGGCGAGCAUCCAUCGAAAGCCUUCAUGCAGAGCAGAUCCAUCUCGCUCGUGGACAUGUACAUCGACAACGCGGAGCCAACUGAGAACGUCGGCCAAAUACACUUCAGUCUGGAGUACGACUUCCAAAAUACCACGCUUAUUCUGCGUAUCAUACAGGGGAAGGAACUACCAGCCAAGGAUCUGUCCGGCACGUCGGAUCCGUAUGUGAGAGUCACCCUGCUGCCCGACAAGAAGCACCGCCUCGAGACGAAAAUCAAGAGGAGAACCCUGAAUCCACGAUGGAACGAGACCUUUUACUUCGAAGGUUUUCCGAUUCAAAAGUUACAAAGUCGAGUUCUCCACCUCCACGUCUUUGACUACGAUCGAUUCUCGAGGGACGACUCUAUAGGCGAAAUGUUUCUGCCACUUUGCCAGGUCGAUCUCUCGGAGAAGCCGUCGUUCUGGAAGGCCCUGAAGCCCCCAGCGAAGGACAAGUGCGGCGAACUUCUCUGCUCGCUUUGUUAUCAUCCGAGCAAUUCCGUGCUCACGCUCACGCUGCUGAAAGCGCGAAAUCUCAAGGCCAAGGACAUCAACGGAAAGUCAGAUCCAUACGUGAAGGUCUGGCUGCAGUUCGGCGACAAAAGAAUCGAGAAGCGUAAAACGCCGAUAUUCAAGUGCACCCUGAACCCGAUCUUCAACGAGGCGUUCUCCUUCAAUGUGCCCUGGGAGAAGAUACGCGAGUGCUCGCUCGACGUCAUGGUCAUGGACUUCGACAACAUCGGCAGGAACGAGCUCAUCGGCCGCAUACUACUAGCUGGUAAAAACGGCAGCGGAGCGAGCGAAACGAAGCACUGGCAGGACAUGAUCACGAAGCCGAGACAGACCAUCGUGCAGUGGCAUCGUCUCAAGCCCGAGUAAAGAGCUGCUCCUCCGAAAGCAGAGGAAGCGAAGUCGGAGGAACACAUGGCGCUCUCGCUCGCCUGCGAAAAAACGCGUCGCAGAUGAAUAUUCUCCCACCACCAAAAAUCUCGUGCAUACAAAAAAUUUAAUCAACAAACAAACAAACAAAAAUCUAUGUAUUACACACAUGUAUCUUCGACGAAAAAAAAGUAUUUCAUGCAGAGCAGAGAGAAAUCGGCGAGCGUGUUGGACGAAGGAUCAUCAUUGCGAAGAGGAGGCCGCGUCUAGGCCUAACGCCCCUGGACGCGUAAAAGAAGUUGAUCCGCUGGACUUCGGGCCCGGAUGAAGAUACGAAGUACCGAAGCGGCAAAGUUACGACGACGACUAUAUUGUACGAACGAACGCGGCUCACCCGAGCUCGUUCUCUCUUUGUACUACCAAAAAUGAAAAUGGCUGAGGGCUCGCGCGCGCGCGUAAAUCCACGGUGUCUGUCGUAUCGUGUCCAAGAACACGAUUACGAUCCACGGAGACGCGUCGUCGCGAAUAAUAAGUUUUUUCGUUGAUUUUCAUUCGGCUCCUCUCUUCUUGGUUCGAUUUUUCGUGUGCACGCUCCGUUUCAUUGCUCUUCGGUUAAUUUUUAUUUGUAUAUGUCGAUCCGUCGGUCACGACGCAACGAACAAUUUGUGCGCGUGGAGGACGUCGAUCCGAGCGAUUGUUUGUUAUAUAAUAUAUUGUAAUACAUUGUAAUCGAGAUUUAGAAUUAUUACUUGAAAUAUACGUUAAAUGUUACCUGCAAAAAAGUAUAACGUUUGAAAAAAAAGAUAAAAUUGAUCCAUCGUUGUCAUCGUUGGUUCAAAAUAUAUAUAAUAUAUAUGAGUUGCUUUAUAUAAUAAGUAUAUGAUUGUUAUACGUUAAAGCCCUGCAGGAGUCAUAACUUGUGCGAAAUAAACAUGAGUUUAAGUGAGCGUGUCAUAUGAAACACAGUUCGAGUAGAUUUUUUGAAUGUUCGGGAAACGAGCCGAGUACAAGCUGAAAAAUUUAUUUUCUAAAAAAAAUACCGAAAAAAAAAAUAAUGAUGAAGUCUCAUGCAUAAUGUCACAUAAAUAGGACACAUAUUACUUCGCAGUCUCUUCUUCUUUUUUUCUGUAUUGUCAACGUUAUUAAUCGUUGCUCCAUUUAUUUUCGUGAAAUGGCGCGAUGAAGCUUGUCAGCCGAGUGCUUAUGUAUUUCCUUUUUAACCGUCAUAAAUUUCAAACUAAUUGGUCAAAAAAUUUCAUGAAAAAUAUAUGUGAUAUAAUUGACGUAGAAAUAUCAUUGAAAAAAAAAAA